AGCUGAGUAACAGCGGCGGUGUUUCCUGCUGUGAGGUGAGAUAUUCGCUGAAAUCUUGAUGCUUUUAUCAGCUCUCUGGUUUCCAUCAAUCGUUGUUAUCGUGGCUGUCAUUCCGGAUACUUGAACAUCCUGAAGAUGAGCCGCAGAGGAGCAGCUGAGAGGGAGGACGACGAGGAGGACUUCUACGACUGCGAGGAGAGCCUGGAGGCUCCAAACACCACAGAUAAAGAGGAGCAGGGGAAGAAGAGCGGGGAGAACAGCCAGAAGGACCCUUCAUGUUUAGAGGAGACCGACCCAACAGACCCAGAGGAAAAAACAGACAAGGAAGACACAGAGAGAGAGCAUGAAGAGGACGAAGAAGAUUUCCAAGACGAUUCAGACUCUGAGCUGAAAGAACAGGAGCUGUCUAGAGAGGGGGAGUUUGAUGACGAACUGAGGGAGGCGGAGAAGGAGCUGACAGAGGAGGAGAAGGAGAGUCGUCGGCAGCAGAGUGUAACACUAAAGGAAACUGGAAACAGCCUCUUUAAAGCUGGAGAGUGGAAGGAGGCGGAGCGAAGUUACACGGAGGCUCUGGCGUUGUGUCCUUUGUGUUUUAGCAGAGAGCGAGCCGUGCUGUUCUCCAACAGAGCUGCUGCCAGACUUCAUCUGGAGCUGAAGGAUGAAGCCAUCACAGAUUGCACCAGAGCGAUAGAGCUGGAUCCAGAAUACCUGCGGGCGCUGCUAAGGAGGGCAGAGCUCUAUGAGAAAACCGAGAAGCUGGAUGAAGCUCUGGAGGACUACAAGCAAGUUCUGGAGCGAGAUCCAAGCAACAGCGUCGCCAGACAGGCCUGCAUGAGGCUGCCUCCGCAGAUUCAGGAGCGAAAUGAGAAGCUAAAGGAGGAGAUGAUAGAUAAACUGAAGGACCUGGGGAACCUGGUUCUGAGGCCGUUCGGACUCUCCACCAACAACUUCCAGGUCAACCAGGACCCGACCAGCGGAUCCUACUCUAUCAACUUUGUUCAGAACCCCAACAACAACAACCACACUGGAUGAUAUGAAGUCAAUACCCCAGACUGAGGAUGAGUGACCCACUGGACUUCAGACCAAUCAGGAGCCUGCUUACUGAUGAC